AUGCGAUAAUUUACUAUUGUUAAAUUAUAAAUUACAGUGUAUUUUUAUAUUAUAUUCUAUAAUUUAUAUUCAUAAUUUAAAUUUAUUACCAUCAUGGUAAUUAGCUGUUAUGUUUGUAAGAAAAGGCAGAAUGAUAAAAAUAGUGGGAUAUCAUUUCAUGUGUUUCCGAAAGCAACAAUGUUUCGAUCUGCUUGGGAAAAAGCAUGUAAAUUAGAGGAACCUGCACCUAAAAGAGCUCGUGUAUGUUCUGAACAUUUUACACAAGAUGAUUUCAUGCCAAAGAGAAAAUAUGGUGUAAGAUUAUUAAAGCGAUCAGCAAUACCAUCUGCAUUUGUAUGGAAUCAAGAAGCUAAUUUAAUAACAAAUAGCAACAAUGUAGAAGGAACUAUCAUCCAUAUUAAAACAAAACCAACUACAUCGACCUCUACAUUAAAACAGAAUAAAGAUUGUGCACUUGAAGUUGCAUCUCCUUCAUGUAAAACGAUGAUUUCACUUGAUAAGGAAUGUCAUUCACCAAAGACACCAUCCACCAGGGACAUCGACAUACAAUGUAAUUUAUAUUUGUCAGAAACAUCAUCAGUACAAAAAUUACAAGAAAUGGAGGCAUCCAAUAUUUCUAAUAAAAUAUGUAGUCCUGCUAGAAUAGAAGAUCUCACUCCAGAACAUUUCUCAACGCCUCGACGUGCCUCACAAAACUUACAAUUUAUAAAACAGAAAACAGAUGAAAAAUUAAUAAAAAUAAAAUGUCUACAAACUGAAAAUAUAAAGUUAUUGAAACGGAUUGCAUCGUUACAGGAUCUGAUUUCAUAUUUGAGAAAGAAUAAUUUCAUUUCCGAGAGUAUAGCGCGUGGAUUAAUGGAUUAUUCAAUGGAUUCUACAAUGAGUACUGGUGAAAAGAUGCAGCAACAGGAAAAAAUACAAGUUAAGAAUGGAAAAAAAAGAUGUUGCGUAAGAGGAUGUCCCAGCAAGGACAUUAGGAUGUUCACCUUCCCUUCAUCUGAAACGAAUAACAAGAGGAUGCUACAAUGGGUGGAAGCAUGUGGUAGGCCAGAUUUGUGGCUGCUUCCAUUCGAAAAACUAAAGUUCCGCUCUGUUUGUUGCCUCCACUUUGAACAAAAAUAUUUCCUGAAUAAGAAAUUGUCAACAUCUGCAGUUCCAACACGCCACUUACCAGGGCCUGCAACAUUUAAAACAGAGCCAUGGGUGGACAAUGCAUAACAAAUUAAAGAAGAAAAAAUUCCAGGGUUCGCAAUCAGGUGGCGCAAUAUGCACUGUUUUCAGUGCCGAGAUUUUUUUCGUAAAGAACAUGUUAAAAUUAAAUUUUUACAUUUUCAAUUUAUUAGCUUAAUUACUUUACAAAAACUCUUGUUUUCAACACAAAUUAAACCAUUACAACUCUUUAAUUUACAAUCUAAACUUGAAAAAAAGAAGAUAAUAUCAUUACCGAUGCGGAUUAAUUGUAAAAGAGCGGUGGUUUACAAAAAAGGAUUAAAUAAAUAAAAUCUUGAAAAUUAAAUGAACUACAAACAAAUUCUUUAAUUUACAAUUGCAAAUGUUUAAAAUAUUCAUAAAAGAGGUUAAAAAUUGUCAAUUACAGUCAUUGUUUACUGUAAUUCGCAUUUAGCCAUUUGUUAUUAAGAAUAUUAAUGAAGCGCCUAUAUAAUUAUCUUUAUUAAGGUUUAAACUUUAAAUUCAUAUACCAUAAGUGCCAUUUUACGGUACUUUUAUGUCAUCAAAUCAGCCGAAGAGAUCCCAUUCGGUACAUGACGUUGUCGAAUUUUUAAAAAUUGACAGCGAAAGAAAAAAUCAUUAAUAACUCCAUUUUGACGAACAGUUUAUGAACUUUUAUGAUUGAUUCUUAAUCUACAUACUAAAAUAAAUAUAUUUACUAUGUACAAUUUCUGUGAAUAAUAUAUAAAAAACUUUCAUUAUUUCUUUUACAAACUCAUCAUUAUGUACUUCGUUCCCCGUUUGUAUCAAUAUUUUAUGAUAUAGUAAUUGAAUGUAUUAAGAAAUUAAUCAAUAGCAAAAGAAACAGGCCAAGAUUUUAAAUCCUCUAAAUCAACUAACACACAACUGUUUGUGUCUCAGAAAAUUUUGAAACACAUAUCAACCUAACUAUUUGUCCUUCCUCUGCUGUAGAUGUAUGCUCUAUAUUAUCAAGACUAUUUUCUUAUGACAAUGUAAAAGUAAAAAGCAAAUAAAAAUAUUCUUACCUGUGAA